GUUUCUGAAAGUGAAAUUUCAACCAUACGGAGAAUUCUGCCCCUCUAACCGCUGAUCCGACCUGUCAUAUCGCAUAUCGUGCAGAUAAUCAAUCGUGCAGCGACGGGAUCCUUCCUCCCCUCCCCCCUCAUCAUGGACCCCGCCAUCCUGCGUGAGGUCUCCCGUGUCGACCCUGCGGUUCCUUUUCGCGCAACCACCCAUCAUCUCCAUCAUACUUGGGCGCAGACCUUCUACUCGCGUCCCGAACUUUACGUACGCCCGCAAUCUAUCGAGGAAAUUCGGAAGCUCGUCAACCUCGCUCGCCACUGUCGCCGUCGUCUAGUCACCGUGGGGAGUGGCCACUCCCCCUCUGAUUUGACCUGCACCUCCGCCUGGCUGAUAAACUUGGAUGAUUUCAAUCGCGUGUUGGAAGUUUCGCCGGAGACCGGGGUGGUGACGGUCCAGGCGGGAAUUCGGUUGAGAGACUUGGGCACACAGCUGGAGCAACAUGGUUUGAUGUUGUCUAACUUGGGUAGUAUUGAUGAACAGUCGGUCGCCGGCGUGAUCUCCACGGGUACCCAUGGAAGUUCUCUCCAGCAUGGCUUGAUCUCCGAGUGUAUCCUAUCACUGACUCUCAUGCUGGCUAAUGGGCAGCUGGUGCGGUGUAGCGCGACCAGUAACCCGUCGCUCUUCCGGGCUGCGCUCAUCUCUCUGGGUGCACUUGGUAUCAUUGUCGAGGUCACGCUGCAGGCGGAGCCCGCGUUCAAGGUGGCCUGGCGACAGACGCGGCGUAAACUGUCGAGUGUGUUGGCCCAAUGGUCAUCCGGACUGUGGACUUCGCAUGAAUUUGUUCGAGUAUGGUGGAUGCCCUAUGAGAAGAGUGCCGUUGUCUGGCACGCCGAUAAAACCGACCUCCCGCUGCGGGAACCGCCCAAGUCCUUUUAUGGAGAGACACUCGGUUACCAUAUCUAUCAUAAUCUGCUGGCCCUGGCCAACUAUUUCCCUCGUAUUCUCCCGUGGGUGGAAUGGCUGGUCUUUGGUUUGCAGUAUGGUUUCAAACCGGAAGCCAUCGUGACAGAGGCGGUAGAACCAGCCCGCUCAGGUCUCCUCAUGAAUUGUCUGUACUCGCAGUUUGUCAAUGAAUGGGCACUCCCGCUCGAGAAGGGCCCCGAAGCUAUCACUCGUCUCUCCGCCUGGCUGAAUGGCGAUCACGAAACAGCGCGUAUCCCUUUUUCCGUCGACGGUCUGUGGGUGCAUUGCCCCAUUGAAGUCAGAGUCGCGGACUCUACCUACAACAAGACAAUCCGUCCGUUCCUCGAUCCUACCUCUUCCAGCGGCCCGACCCUGUAUCUCAAUGCGACGCUCUAUCGCCCGUACCAUCGGGAUCCCCCUUGCACGGAACGAUAUUACGAGGCAUUUGAGUGGCUUAUGCGCGAAAUGGGUGCAAGACCGCAUUGGGCUAAGAAUUUCCGGACGACAAGGGAGGAGCUGAAAUGUCUCUAUGGAGAUGACAUGACGGAAUGGUUAAAGGUCCGCCAGGAUGUGGACCCCGACGGCAUGUUCCUUGGUGAAUGGCAUUACCGAACCCUCCCCUUGCCAGGGAGUGGGGACGAGUCGAAUGCAUCAGGGCCGGCCGACCUUCCGCUCCUCGAACGCGAAAAGACUCGUCGGAAGGCAAACAUCCAGGGAUCCGGUGACGGCGUCGAGUGGAUUGGACACAAACAAUGGCAAGGGAAUCAGGGCCGUCAAACUGCGAUGUUCGUGUCCACGCUAGACAACGAAAAGAUUCAUGUUUCGUCUGAGGGCACUAGUCUCAGUCCUCCCACAACAGCAACCAGCGAAGAGAGCUUCGAUUUUCUGGCGGCAGGAGAGGCCAGUGUUGUCCUUCCCUGAAUCUGGUGCGUGAGGGACUGAUAGAUUCGUGACAAGGAGGUUUGGCAAGUAGCAACAAAGUAACCGGUCGCGCCCCUUCCGCUUUUGUGGAUUGUCGGUUGGAAUUGCCGACUCGGUGAUUUUUCGAAAGACUCUGUACUUUAUUGCCUCACUGUUCCGUUAUCUUGCUCUUUCUUUAAAAUCACUUUUCAUCCCUACAUAAUAUCUCCGUCAAUACUCUAUCAUACAAGUCAUUUAGCAACAGCA